UUUUGUUUUUGUUUUUUUUUGUUUUUGGGUUUCAGUAUUCCACAUCAAAACAUCAUGUAGUGUACGGGGCAUUAAAGUGUCACUGCCCCAAUCCCAGCUACCUAUCCCUGUACAUUACAGAAGUCACGGGGUCUGGCCCUUCCGGGUGGGGGGGGCGCUCUCUUGCUGCCUUGCAGUGGGUGCUGGAGGGUGCUUUCCUAGCCGUUCCAAGCUUUUCAGGUUUGAAUCGGUCCCGGGAACUCUCUCUCUCUCUCAUCUUGUCUGAUUUAUUAAUCUCAAUUGCAAUUAAAUCGUAUCUAUUGUGUUAUCUUGUAUUCCAAUAUUAUAGUAAAAUAAGUUUUCCUCCAUAGAUUGUUGCCGCUGUUCUUUUCCUCCCUUCCUUCCUUCCCAUUUUGUGGGACUGGGGUGGGGGGGGGGAGAGGGCAGAGGCCUGUCGCCCCUGUCACGGACAUAGAUUGAUCUGGUCAAAUCCGUGACAGAUUUUUGGCGCCCAACGUGGGGCCCGAACUGCUUUUUAGCUUUUUGAACGAAUCUCUUUUUCUCUCUGCUCUUAGAGAGCUUCGUUAGGGAGCAUUAUCAGUAGUUCAGGUUUCUGUGCUGGAAAACCUGACCUUGAAAGAUUAGGCGUACUGCCAGUGUUCUGGGAUAUUUGUAAACUUUGAGCACUACUUAGUCUGGGUAGUGCCUUUUUUCUUUUUUUUUUUUCUCUCUCCUCUUGUUAGCUUCAAUUCAUUAACCCUUUUUUAGCAAGCACCAGCGAUGAACCCACUCGUUAUCGUGGGGGUGCUGGGUAAAGGAUUAAAAGCAAUGGUGUUAGUCACAACCUACUGGCCAAUAAUCCAGCUCAUAAUUAUGUGUUGUGGAAUUGCAACCAUAUAUAGGUACCUAAUGACACUGAUGGAGACACCUAUGUUUUACCUAGUUGCAAUGUGGUAUGAUUUGAACUUUGACAUCUACAUCCCAGAAGGAAUGGCUAAUUUCUCAAACAGCUACAUCCCAGAAGGAAUGGCUAAUUUCACAAACAACUACAUCCCAAAUGGAAUAGCUAAUUUUACAAACAACACGAUGUUCAGACCAGUCUCCGGGUUUUCUUCUCGGUUUGUCAAACGUUUUUUGAAUCCUGAAUUAAUAGUCAUGUUGGUGUGCGUGUCAUCAAUUCUCCUGAAUGUAUUCCAAUUCAUUUGUAAUAAGGGAAAGGAGUCUCUUCCGAAACUAGAGAAUGAUGAUUGGCAGGGAAUAUGGAGAGGUUUAGGAAAGGUUUUAGAAGCAUGGGGACCCGCAGUGUCAUGGGAUUUUACUCUUGAACACCUGUGGGAUCCUGAGAAACUAAGCCAGUAUUUGAGUCAGGGACUAUGCGGCUUACAUAAAUCUAAGGAGGUACAACUUAUUUGGGGUUUGGCUUGUGCUUACCGUGCCCUAUAUAAUACCAUUCUGGAGAGAGAGAGUUUCCGAGCUGAGGUUCAAGCCAAAGGGGAAAAUCCCCAAGUCAAAUCUAAUCAAUCACAGGAGACACCAGUAACAAUACCAGUUGCUCCUGUGGAGGGCAAGAAAUGGAAACGAGUGUCUUCGCGUCUUGAACGAAAAAGAGAAGAAGAGGAGGAGGAGGAGGAAGAUCCAGGCGAGGGGCCCUCCUCAAAACCACCACCAUCGCGAAAGGCAAAAGCGAAAACUAAGAGACAUGCAGAAGAGAGUGAUGAAGAGGAAGUCUCUAUUACUACUCGCCGGCCUCUAAAGAUGACUGAAAUCCAAGGUUCAAGAAAGGAGUUCACACGGCGCCUGAAUGAAAGUAUUGUUUCCUGGUUGGUUCGCUGCUGGGACAGUGGGGCCCAUAGCUUGUCUCUGGAUGGUAAUGAAGCUCGCCAACUAGGUGCCAUUGCCAGAGAUCCAGCUAUUGAUAGAGGAAUUAGUCGGUGUUCGGAUGAGGCUGCCUCCCUCUGGGAACGAGUGUUAACAGCUGUGAAGGAAAAGUAUCCCUUCAAAAAUAGCUUGAAGAUUGCAAUGAAAAAAUGGGAUACAGUUGAAAAGGGUAUCCAGUAUUUGAGGGAAAUAGGCGUGGUGGAAAUGUUGUAUGACCCUGACUUUGUUCCUAACCACCCACAACAAAACCGCGACCCUGAAAGAGUGAGGACAACGCCUGAGAUAUGGCAGAAAAUUGUGACAACAGCGCCGGACAAAUAUGCCGCUACACUAACGUCAGCGUGUGACAGAUACCAGGAACAGCAGAGAACACCCUUAAUUUAUGAAUUAAUUGUUACGCUCCAAAACUACGAACAAUUGCUGUCUCCAAUUCAUUCUGCCGUUGCUGCAAUAUCAAGAAUGACGGAGCAAGUGUCUCAACUGAUUAACCGUGACAAACCUGUAGCAGUAUCAGAGACGCUGGAUGAAGAUCAGGAUAAUCAAAUGAGUCUAGCGAAGGAGGUGAAGGAGAUGAAGGAGAUAAUCCGAGCCCACCUAACUAAAGACGAUAAACCUUCCUUCUUACGUGCACGAUCAAAAAUCUCAGCUGUUAGAGGCAGACGCUCUCCGGCUCAAGUAAGGAAUAAUACACCGCGAAUUACCUUAUGGUAUUACCUACGUGACCAUGGAGAAGACAUGGGGAAGUGGCACGGUCAACCUACUCCUGUACUACGAGCCCGGGUGAAAGAAUUACAAGGCAGAUCUACCACCAGUGCAGUUGCUCCAGUUAUCACAGGUAAUGAAUAGAGGGGCCCUGCCCUCAGUCAGGGGGGGGAAAGGGAUAAUAGAGUAUAUUGGACUGUGUGGAUUCGAUGGCCUGGCACAUCAGAACCACUGAAAUAUAAGGCCCUGGUGGACACUGGUGCACAGUGCACUCUGAUGCCCUCGAGUCAUGAAGGGACAGAAUCAAUCCAUAUUUCUGGAGUGACCGGGGGCUCUCAAGAAUUGACUGUGUUGGAGGCCGAGAUAAGCCUCACUGGUAAGGACUGGCAAAAACAUCCUAUUGUGACGGGCCCAGGGGCUCCAUGUAUACUAGGUAUUGAUUAUCUCAGAAGGGGGCAUUUCAAGGAUCCUAAGGGGUAUCGAUGGGCCUUUGGAAUAGCUGCUGUGGACACAGACAACACUAAGCAGCUGUCUGUUUUGCCUGGCCUGUCAGAAGAUCCAUCUGUUGUGGGGCUGCUGCGAGUAAAAGAGCAACAGGUACCAAUUGCUACAAAAUUGGUGCACAGGCGUCAGUACCGCACCAACAGGGAUUCUUUGCUCCCCAUUCAUAAGUUAAUUCGUCAACUAGAGAGCCAGGGAGUGAUCAGCAAAACUCACUCGCCUUUUAACAGCCCCAUAUGGCCAGUGCGUAAAGCCAGUGGAGAAUGGAGGCUGACGGUGGACUACCGUGGCCUGAAUGAAGUCACACCCCCACUGAGUGCUGCUGUGCCGGACAUGUUAGAACUCCAGUAUGAACUGGAGUCAAAAGCGGCCAAAUGGUAUGCCACCAUUGACAUUGCUAAUGCCUUCUUUUCCAUCCCUUUGGCCAAAGAAUGUAAGCCACAGUUUGCUUUCACAUGGAGGGGCAUUCAGUAUACCUGGAACCGUUUGCCCCAGGGGUGGAAACACAGCCCAACCAUUUGCCAUGGGUUGAUUCAAACUGUAUUGGAACAGGGCAGUGCUCCUGAGCACCUGCAGUACAUUGAUGACAUCAUUGUGUGGGGCGAUACAGCACAAGAAGUCUUCACAAAAGGAGAGAGGAUGAUCCAAAUUCUUCUGAGUGCUGGUUUUGCUAUUAAGCGAAGCAAAGUGAAAGGACCUGCCCAGGAGAUUCAGUUCCUAGGUAUAAAGUGGCAAGAUGGCCGUCGUCACAUUCCGACAGACGUGAUCGACAAAAUCACUGCUAUGUCUCCACCCACUAGCAAAAGAGAGACACAAUCUUUUCUGGGUGCAGUGGGCUUUUGGAGAAUGCAUGUUCCAAACUACAGCCUCAUUGUAAGCCCCCUUUAUUAUGUGACGCGAAUGAGAAAUGAGUUUACAUGGGGCCCUGAGCAGCAGCAGGCUUUUGAACAGAUUAAACAGGAGAUAGCCCGUGCCGUCGCCCUAGGACCAGUACGAACGGGGCAGGGUAUAAAGAACAUCCUCUACACUGCUGCUGGAGAGAACGGUCCCACUUGGAGUUUGUGGCAAAGAGCCUCAGGAGAGACACGAGGCCGACCCCUGGGAUUCUGGAGUCGGGCAUACAGAGGGUCUGAAGAGCACUACACUCCAACUGAGAAGGAGAUCUUAGCCGCUUAUGAAGGGGUUCGGGCUGCUUCCGAAGUAGUCGGUACUGAAACACAGCUCCUUCUGGCACCUCGACUGCCAGUGCUGAACUGGAUGUUUAAAGGAAAGGUUCCCUCCACCCAUCAUGCUACUGAUGCCACUUGGAGUAAGUGGAUUGCACUGAUUACACAACGAGCACGGAUGGGGAACCUUAGCCGUCCAGGAAUCCUAGAAGUCAUCAUGGACUGGCCUGAAGGUAAAAAGUUUGGAACACCACCAGCAGAAGAAGUAUCACGUGCUAAAGAGGCCCCACCAUACAAUGAACUACCAGAGAAUGAAAAGAAAUAUGCCCUGUUCACAGAUGGAUCGUGUCGUAUUGUGGGAAAGCAUCGCAGAUGGAAAUCUGCUGUGUGGAGCCCCACACGACAAGUUGCAGAGGCCACUGAAGGGAAAGGCGAAUCGAGCCAAUUUGCAGAGGUAAAGGAUGUCCAACUGGCCUUAGAUGUCGCUGAACGGGAGAGGUGGCCAAUGCUCUAUCUUUACACUGACUCGUGGAUGGUAGCGAAUGCCUUAUGGGGGUGGUUACAGCAGUGGGAGCAAAAUAACUGGCAAAGAAAGGGUAAACCUAUUUGGGCUGCUGAACUGUGGAAAGACAUUGCUGCCCGAACAAAGAAUAUGGUUGUGAAGGUGCGCCAUGUAGAUGCUCAUGUGCCCAAGAGUCGGGCUACUGAAGAACAGCAAAAUAACCAUCAGGUAGACCGAGCUGCCAGAAUUGAGGUGGCUCAAAUAGACCUGGACUGGCAGAACAAGGGUGAAUUAUUUCUGGCUCGGUGGGCCCAUGAGACCUCAGGUCAUCAAGGGAGAGAUGCAACAUACAAAUGGGCUAGAGACCGAGGGGUGGACUUAACUAUGGAUGCCAUUGCACAGGUUAUUCAUAACUGUGAAACAUGUGCCAUCAUCAAACAAGCCAAGAGGAUGAAACCUCUGUGGGAGGAAGGGCGAUGGCAAAAGUACAAAUAUGGGGAGGCAUGGCAGGUUGAUUAUAUCACCUUGCCACGAUCUCGCAAUGGUAAGCAUUAUGUGCUUACUAUGGUGGAGGCAACCACUGGGUGGCUUGAAACAUAUGCAGUACCCCAUGCUACCGCCCGAAACACCAUACUGGGUCUCGAGAAACAAGUCCUGUGGCGACAUGGCACCCCAGAAAGGAUUGAGUCAGAUAAUGGGACUCAUUUCAAAAAUUCUCUUAUAAAUACUUGGGCCAAAGAUCAUGGCAUCGAGUGGAUUUACCAUAUUCCCUAUCAUGCACCAGCCUCUGGUAAAAUUGAACGAUACAAUGGAUUGUUAAAAACGAUGCUAAAAGCACUGGGUGGCGGAACAUUUAAGCACUGGGAGAAGCAUUUGGCAGAAGCCACCUGGUUAGUCAAUACCAGAGGAUCUAUUAAUCGUGAUGGUCCUAAUCAAUCCAGUUCCCUACAUACCGUAGAGGGAGAUAAAGUCCCUGUUGUACAUGUAAAGAACAUGUUAGGAAAGGCAGUUUGGGUUCUUCCAGCUUCUGGAAAGGGCAAACCUCUCCGUGGUACAGUUUUUGCCCAGGGACCAGGAUCCACUUGGUGGGUAAUGCAGAAGAAUGGGGAUGUCCAGUGUGUACCACAAGGAAACUUGAUGCCGGGGGAGUGCAGUUACUAAUUCUAUGUAUAUGUAUAUAGCCAUGUGUGCAUUUUAAUCAUUUUUUGUUUGUUUGUAUAUAUGUAUAUAUAUUUUAAGCAUGAUGUAACGAUGUAGAAUAAGGGGUGGAAUGUCAUGGUUCUAUGUUUUUUGUUUUUGUUUUGUUUUUUGUUUUUGGGUUUCAGUAUUCCACAUCAAAACAUCAUGUAGUGUACGGGGCAUUGAAGUGUCACUGCCCCAAUCCCAGCUACCUAUCCCUGUACAUUACAGCAGUCACGGGAUCUGGCCCUUCCGGGUGGGGGGGGGCGCUCUCUUGCUGCCUGGCAGUGGGUGCUGGAGGGUGCUUUCCUAGCCGUUCCAAGCUUUUCAGGUUUGAAUCGGUCCCGGGAACUCUCUCUCUCUCUCAUCUUGUCUGAUUUAUUAAUCUCAAUUGCAAUUAAAUCGUAUCUAUUGUGUUAUCUUGUAUUCCAAUAUUAUAGUAAAAUAAGUUUUCCUCCAUAGAUUGUUGCCGCUGUUCUUUUCCUCCCUUCCUUCCUUCCCAUUUUGUGGGACUGGGGUGGGGGGGGGGAGAGGGCAGAGGCCUGUCGCCCCUGUCACGGACAUAGAUUGAUCUGGUCAAAUCCGUGACAUUUACAAACAACACGAUGUUCAGACCAGUCUCCGGGAUUUCUUCUCGGUUUGUCAAACGUUUUACGAAUCUUGAAUUAAUACUCAUGUUGUUGUUCGCGUCAUCAUUUCUCCUGAAUGUACUCCAACGCAUUCGUAAUAAGGAGUCUCCUCCAAAACUAGAGAAUGAUGACUGGCAGGGGAUAUGGAGAGGUUUAGGAAAGGUCUUAGAAGCAUGGGGACCCGCAGUGUCAUGGGAUUUUACUCUUGAACACCUGUGGGAUCCUGAGAAACUAAGCCAGUAUUUGAGUCAGGGACUAUGCGGCUUACAUAAAUCUAAGGAGGUACAACUUAUUUGGGGUUUGGCUUGUGCUUACCGUGCCCUAUAUAAUACCAUUCGGGAGAGAGAGAGUUUCCGAGCUGAGGUUCAAGCCAAAGGGGAAAAUCCCCAAGUCAAAUCUAAUCAAUCACAGGAGACACCAGUAACAAUACCAGUUGCUCCUGUGGAGGGCAAGAAAUGGAAACAAGUGUCUUCGUAUCUUGAAUGAAAAAGAGAAGAAGAGGAGGAGGAGGUGGAGGAAGAUCCAGGCGAGGGGCCCUCCUCAGAACCACCACCAUCGCGAAAGGCAAAAGGGAAAACUAAGAGACAUGCAGAAGAGAGAGAUGAAGAGAAAGUCUCUAUUAUUACUCGCUGGCCUCUAAAGAUGACUGAAAUCCAAGGUUCAAGAAAGGAGUUUACACGGCACCCGAAUGAAAGUCUUGUUUCCUGGUUGGUUCGCUGUUUGGACAGUAGGGCCCAUAGCUUGUCUCUGGAUGGUAAUGAAGCUCGCCAACUAGGUGCCAUUGCCAGAGAUCCAGCUACUGAUAGAGGAAUUAGUCGAUGUUCGGAUGAGGCUGCCUCACUCUGGGAACGAGUCGUGAAGGAAAAGUAUCCCUUCAAAAAUGGCUUGAAGAUUGCGAUGAAGAAAUGGGAUACAGUUGAAAAGGGUAUCCAGUAUUUGAGGGAAAUAGGCGUGGUGGAAAUGUUGUAUGACCCUAACUUUGUUCCUAACCAACCACACCAAAACCGCGACCCUGAAAAAGUGAGGACAACGCCUGAGAUAUGGCAGAAAAUCGUGACAACAGCACCGGACAAAUAUGCCGCUACACUAACGUCAGCAUGUGACAGAUACCAGGAAGAACAGAGAACGCCCUUAGUUUAUGAAUUAAUUCUUACGCUCCAAAACUACGAACAAUUGAUGUCCCCAAUUCAUGCUGCCGUUGCUGCUAUAUCAAAAAUGACGGAGCAAAUGUCUCAACUGAUUAACCGU